AGUGUAUAAGCCUUUGUUCUGAAUAUAUACUCUAAAUGGAAUUUAUUUCAGGUGGAUAAAAAUUACACACACACACACACAUAUAUAUUUUGAAAUUGAGAUAUUUUUCCCUUUUCAUAGUCUGCCAACCAGGGUGGUACGGCCAAGACUGUCAGAGACCUUGUUUAUGUGUGAAUGGUGGUACAUGUAACCGUGUCACUGGAGAAUGUCACUGUCGUCCAGGUUUUGUGGGAGAAAUGUGUGAAAGAGCAACCUAUACAAUGGAAAAACUUACACAAGAGCAUCAUCUAACAAGAAAUGAGGCAAAACAGUACCAGUUGUGGCUAACACUCUUAAUCGUUAUUGGUGCUGUUGCUGCUGUUUCUUUACUAUUCAACAUAAUCCUUCUUUGUUACAACUGUGAUAAUUUCUGCCGAACUAGAUCACCUUACUUUGAAAAAAGAGAAAACUGUUUUCAGAAACAGAGAUCUCGCUUCUCCUAUGAUCCUCAUUCAAAUUUAGAGAUAUCUUCUGAAGAAGAAUUAGUGUUGAUGCAUGGACAAGGAGGUGGUGAACAAUAACUUUUACUGCUCUUGUUGUAUUUGGUGCUCCUACUGGUUUCUCAGCUUUAGAGUGACCUGUGAUAUAUUUUUUUCAAACAGAAACUAUUUUCUUAUUGAGCUAAUCAGAGUUUUAAUAAUCCAUUCACGUACAUUGAAUGUAAUAUCUAUCUGAAUAGUUAUGAUGAUAUGUAGAGUAGAGCCUCAUACGUGUGAAAAUUCAAUAAUGGGUCAAAUUGAAUGCUUAAUGUAGAGAAAAAUAAACUUUGAUAUUUUUUUUAAAUGUAUCAUUUAAAAUAUUCCAAUAUAUCUACUUACUAACAGUGAAUAUCGAGCACUGCUGAUUUCUUUUAAAGUUGUUGGUAUUUCUGCAUUUAAUAACUGUUUUUAUGCAUUCCUCAACUCAGUUACAAACUUAUAUUUAAAUUCUCUAUGACAGUCACUUUUUCUCUAGCUUUAAUUUGAGUACAGGGAUGGAUAAGGAUGACAGUAAAACCUUAGAUGACACUAUCAGUAGAUCCAAUAUUUAUGUAGAUGUUAAAAGUAAUUUUUAAGCUGUUUUUUAUUAUUUCGCCCUGACCCAGUCCUUAAUUUCAGCUUUAAUUUGACCUCAGUCAAUUAGGUUAUGUUGGUCAUAUAUAAUGCAAAUAUACUUUAUAACUAUGAAUAAAAACCCUAUAACCCGAGUGCUUUCGAAAGGUAGACCUUUCUUCAGUUUGCCCCUGAAGAAGAAAGGUCCACCUUUCGAAACCACUCUGGUUAUAAGGGUUUUUAUUUCAUUUCUAUCAAGACUUCUUGAAGCUAUGUGUUCUUAUAACAUCAUGAAUACCAAUAAUAGAAAUUUUAGACUAACCAUAAGUCAUUAGUAAUAAAUAUGAUGAUUAAAGCAUUGUCAUGUGAGAGUAACAGAGUUGAACACAUUUUGAUAAAGUGCAAAAGAAAUUAGUUUUAAUAAUAAAACGUGCAUAACACGUGCAGUAUAACACUAAACUGAAAAUAUACAAGAAACAUUAAAAACGUUUACAAGAACAUAUGCAUGUGCAGUAUAACACUAAACUGAAAAUAUACAAGAAACAUUAAAAACGUUUACAAGAACAUAUGCAUGUGCAGUAUAACACUAAACUGAAAAUAUACAAUAAACAUUAAAAACGUUUACAAGAACAUAUGCAUGUGCAGUAUAACACUAAACUGAAAAUAUACAAGAAACAUUAAAAACGUUUACAAGAACAUAUGCAUGUGCACAAAUUUGUUUGUUCUGUAACUAAAUCCAUAAUCAAUGAUCAAAUUACUGGCUUGAUUUGAACAAUAUCUGAGACCUAACUUGGAUGCAUAAUCAUACCAGAUAACAUCAGCACGUGAGGGCCAAACAAACCGAUUUGAAUCUAUCUGUUGCAUCAUUUUCACUUUCAGUUUCUAUUUGAAGGCAAUUAUAAUUCCUGCACAGAACUUGCCAUAAUAGAAAAUAACACACCAAAGACUUUUAUUGCCUCAAGUGUCAGAAAUCAAUUUGUUGAUUCAGUGAAGUUUGAUAGGGACAUGGAGGAAUCUCUUCAGAAAACCCAGUGUCUCUCUGUUUAUUUGAACUGGUUUCUACUUCAAACUGAACAAUUUAUGGUAAGUAGUAUUGACAAAAAGCAGGAUAAGAACAAUAACAACUCAGGAUUCUACAGGAAAUAGUAUCAAGUAUUUGUGUGAAGACUUGGUGAGUUUUCAUUGUUCCAGAAACUGGUUGUAACUCUGGAAUUUCUUCACCUAGUGAGAAGAUAACAUUAUGAACAAAAUAGUGAAGAACAACAACUUAUGAUGCCCAUAUUUUUAAUUCACUAAACAAUAAUAAUGCAUCCUUAACAUCAACAAAAUGGGAAAUUAGGGCAUCCCUGCUCUUUUUAAUUGCAAUACCAAUGCUGCCUGGAUCCCCCUUCUGAUGCCAGCUUCCAAGAAAUUUUACAAGAGAGUUUUGAAUCCAAGAGAAAGUAGUUUUAUUUCUAUUAAAUAAAAGUUAAAUCUAUUCCAUUAUUGAGUUAUUGGCCAAUCACUUUGAAGGUAUAGCACAUCUAUAUCUGGGUAUCUAACUUUGAGCUCUUUCGAGACUGGUUAAAGGUAGUCCCAUAUAGCAACAUCAUCAUGCCAGUGGGAUUCAGACAUUGUGCAGAAUGAUAUUAUUUUGCCAUCAACAAGGCUUACAACAUAUUUGUGCGAAGUCACGUGCAUGCAAUGCUCUAAAAUGUGAAGCUUUAAUUUCUUCAUUAUACUUAAAAAUCUAGUUCUCUACAAUAUCAGUAUGCUUCAUUUGGCAAGAGUUUAUCUUUUAUGGUUUAAUAGUUAAAAGUUGAGGAGCAUGACUGUAAAAAGUUUGGCAAAAUUUUUGAUAUAACAAGUCAUUAAAAGAUGAGAUGAGAUCA